ACGUCAGCCUUGAGCGCGCGCGCCGUGAUGGGGAAGGAGGUGGCGGCGGAGGUGGGCGUGCGGCUCGCGCUGUUCGCGGCCUUCCUGGUAACAGAGCUGCUCCCGCCCUUCCAGAGGCUCAUCCAGCCCGAGGAGAUGUGGCUCUACCGGAAUCCGUACGUGGAAGCAGAGUAUUUCGCCACCAAGCCGAUGUUUGUCGUCGCCUUGCUGGCCCCGCUGGCCCCGGUCCUCCUGGCCAGGUGUCUGAAGAAGGCGGACGCAGCGGACAGCCGGCAGGCCUGCCUGGCUCCGACGCGUCCUCCGUCCGGGUCGCGCGUUCUCCCUGUGCCACGGCGGAGUGGCCACCGGGGGCCGGGAUUAUUCUCACGCUCCGCUCCGGCUGGAGCCCGAGCGCUUCUCUGUCCCCGGAGACCGCGGCUGCGCCUAACGAGACAGGGACCCGGCCGCUCCUCCUGGGCAGACGCUACCAGCAGCUACUUCCGUUGCCUUCCAGCUGCCAGCCUGGCCCUGGCUCUGAACGGCGUCUUCACCAACACAGUCAAACUGAUAGUGGGGAGGCCACGCCCAGACUUCUUCUACCGUUGCUUCCCCGACGGGCAAGCCCAUCAUGACUUGAUGUGCACCGGAGAUGAGGACGUGGUGAAUGAGGGCCGCAAGAGCUUCCCCAGUGGACAUUCUUCCUUUGCAUUUGCUGGUCUGGCCUUCGCGUCCUUCUACCUGGCAGGGAAGUUACACUGCUUCACACCACGAGGCCGAGGGAAAUCCUGGAGGUUCUGUUCCUUUCUGUCACCCCUACUCUUUGCAGCUGUGAUUGCGCUGUCCCGCACCUGUGAUUACAAGCAUCACUGGCAAGAUGUCCUGGCUGGAUCCGCCAUCGGCCUGACGUUCGCCUACGUCUGCUACAGGCAGUACUACCCUCCCCUGACGGACGCCCAGUGCCACAGACCACUGCAGCACGGCCCUGCUCUUCCCACCGCGCGAAAGCAGCCCGGCGACCCUCGUCAUUUCGAUGUUUAGACACUGGAGCUGCCUCCCUGGAAAACAGGACUGAAGAUCUGCCCAAAUGCGCCAGCUGUGCCAAGCGGCCAAGGCAGGGCAGGGUAGUCAGAGACAUGGCUGUCUGGAGGGCAGGUGAGUCUCCUCCCGCCCCGCCCUCACGGUAGGGUAUAAGGGACCAUGACUGGACGUCGGCGGAACUGAUGGUGUAGGACCUAUAACGGCCUUUCUCUGUGUUGUGAUUAUAUUUUAUUUGUUUUAUUUUUGUGAUUAUAUUUUAAAUAUGACCUUGAUUUGUGUUAUUUCUAUAACAUAUUUUCAAUAUAUCUUUUUCCUAAUGGUGAACGUGGUUUUUUUGUGCUUAAAGUUCCAUUUGAGACCUGAAACAUUUCCAAAGUUAGACACCAGAUUCCCUAUCUGACACAAGUGAUUCCACUAUCUAUAGCAGUGGCUGAUGUCAAUAAUACCAAAGGAGCAUCUCAAUAUUUACCUUAUAAUCGCCGCACUUUAAAUCAACAGUCAAGGGCAAAGAACCUGAAUGUUAGUUCUUUGCCCAAAACUCUUUUUAAACUUGUUUUAGUAGUACACAAGGGGAAGAGAAAUGGUUAUUGUAUUGACUCUCUUUACUUUAUGAUGGAUGAGCCAGGUAAAAGUAGGCAGCUUGGUCAGUAUGGUUUUAUUUCAGUAUUUACUAAAGUUUUAAAUAUAAUCACAUAAAAAACAUUUCAAAAAGUGCAAAAUAUCAGAAAGCUAAUCAGUGCUAUUAAUCUUUCCAUGCAAACAAUCUCUUUUGCUGAGAUAAGCAAUACCAAUUCUGCAGCUGGGAGUAUGUAUAAAAUGAUACUCUACCAGCAUUUAAAAAUAGGCUUGGUUAAGAGAUUGCACAUGAUACAACUGAAGUAGUGCAAAUAAUAUACAACUAAACAAGGAACUCAAGUCAAGCUUAUUACCCUGUGGAAUAUACAUCUGUGAUACCAGCACAGGGGGACAAACAGGAUAUAAAGCUCUUUUCCAGUCACCUGCCCCUCAACACCAGGAAGGAAACACGUCUUAGUACAAACAGUGGUUUAUCUAGCCAUCCAGGUUGAUGCUAUUCAUCUUUGGUUACAGGGACUCACUCUUGCUGGUCCUUUGGUUUACUCUUAAAUUUUAGUUAUUCUGUUAAUAGGAAGACCAAAUUUAAAUUUGAAGACAACAACUUGAUGAAAGCUUCCCCUUCAAUAUGUACUGAAUGCUACUGAAUUCUCAGUAACCCUUACUUCAGACUCAGAGUUUAUGUAGUAAAGAAAAUAAAGUAUUUCAUAGAGAUGAGACUUCUUAGUGGCUUAGCAUUAGUCUGUAAGCAGAUGGACAAGGAAAGGCCAGGCUCUCACCUUUACCCCAACCUUCACUCUAGGGUGACAGUAAUUAACCUUCCCUCUGCCGUCAAAGAGAUGGCUUAUGUGAAUGUUAAAUUCCAGGACUUUGGAUACCAUGAUACAUUUACUUACAAGAAACCGAUAUAAAAAACGAAACACAGCUUGCCUGUCUACACCGCUCUGUCCACCAGGGCCUGUAGGAACCUGAAAGGAGUGUGAAGGACUGUCACAAAGAGAACCGCAAAGACAAUCACAUGCUGAGACCUGUGAGAAAGAAAAUACCUGCAGCACAGUGGUGAGCAAGAUGCCUUGGAAACAAUUAGUCUCCAUUCACCCGUCUUCUUCAAGGUGCAUCUCACUUGCACGCUCUGACACUGACUCUGCAACAGCUGUUCCUGGCCCCACAGACGCAGGUUUGUCUUUCAGAAUAAGGAACACUUCCCCCUAGCCAGAUCUACCAACACUGCCUGUACUGGGAGCCUGUCCCGCAGCGUCCUGCACUACAGGUACCUAAGAAGGCAACGCUGUUUAUGUGCUUGAAGAGGACACUCUUCAAUACUCCCUGCACCCAAGCAGCUGUGGCAGAUGGCUUACACAAAUUCUAUUUCACCAUCAAUGUACCACUAAAACAUUUUAUUCAUCACUUAAUAAGCAGUCAAAGCUGUGUAAUUUCAGGUCUGUCAGCUUUUAUAACCCUCAACUUAAGAACCAACAACUAAGUUGGACUUUGUCUAGAGUCUCCCAGUUUGAAGUAUGAUAUGAUAUAAAAGGGCAGGUCUAGGAUAUAUAAUAUCUCUUUGCUUUAUAAAGAUGCACCUGAUGUGAACUAAACUGUCCACUUUAGACUGUCCACCGAGAGCAGCUCAAACAGCUGUGGAAACAAUGAACAGCUCAGUGAUUCCUAGCAAUAAAUCUGUCAGUCAGCUGUAGAGAGAGUAAACAGUGUUUACAAAUUUUAGUCUUUGUUCAUACGGUACGUGUAGGAAAUAAAAGCUGGCUCAAAAGAGUCUGAUGGCCACCGGUCUCCCUCAUCCACUUAGACUUGGCCUUCAAAUGCAGAGAACACCCAUAAGCGAUGAGCAGACCCCAAAAUGCCUUCUAAAUCUCGGGAGUCCGCUUCCAGAUUAGAAUAUUUUCUAAAGAUAAGCAGUAAUUUCUUAGAAAAAUUUAUACCCAACCCAAAACAAAAACUCAAACAGACGUUAUACCAUCUCAAGUAAUAAGCAAUAAAGUGUGGUACCUAAAUACCAUCAUCAAAGUAUUAAAGAUGCAAACCACUCCCAGCUAUGACGAAAGAAUGGCAAGUGUUUCUUUGAAGCCAGUGGUAAAAAGUAAUAGGGUCUUCCCUUUGCUUUUCCACUCACUUCCAGAGAGGAAGAUUAUCUUCCAAAGACCCCAGUGGUGAGUAAGUGGCAGGCAACCUGCAGGAAAUGUCGCAGCUGAGGAGAGGAAAACUGCAGCAACAAAGAGGCAGGUUUUCUGGGGAAGGAUCCCUCAGUGUCCGUCUAAGGGAGAGAGUGGAAGAGGUCAUCACGCUGGAAGGCGACCAGAGAGAACGCCAGAGUCUGACACACAAACUUUCUAACUACACAUCUACAGGGCUGAGUAACGUAAAUCCCAGGGUGAGCUGUUUGUGCUUAAAGCUGUAACUGUUGCCAUGGUAACUCUCAGAUGGUCAACUAUUAAGAUUCUGAGUUUAGAUCCUAAAAAU